AUGCAAACGCUCCCAGACUCCGAUGUGUCAACUCACACUCAUGUCCACACAUUCAUAGCCAGUGUAGUUAUUGGCUCGCCGUCCACGGCUCGAAUCCAUCAUCAUGACCUUGCGGAAAGCAUCAAUGUUGACGAUGGCGCCCGUCUUCUUCGGCUUGUUGAGGGUGUAGAAGAGGUUGGCCGACUCGACCUACCAGCCACAGGCGGUGAAGAAGCGCACGAUAUGAUAUCACAACUUGCCUCAAAUAUGAAUAACGGCGUCAAGACAGCAGCAGACAUCAGAGUCGCUGUGCUCAACAUGCCUGGCACGAGGACAUUUCCUAACGCAUGUACUGUCGAGGUGUUCACUAUCCCCGUAUUUGGCGCAUCCCCGGAUGCACUCUUGGAGGAUAGAUUGACCCCCAUAUGGAAAUGGUCAAAGUCCAACUCUGUUUACUUUCCAAAGAGCGGCUUUUGGGAAGCGGAUUUAAAGGCUGCACUAGAUGAUGGCGAAUGGAAUGCAGGCAGGGAUUUGCGGUUGCUCCUACGGGGAGCUACUGAAUACGAAGUGAAAAUGAUUAGAGAAUCUGAAACCAGAUUCAAGAUAAUGCCUCGCGCAAAUGAUGCGCGAUGA